AAAUAAUAAACUAUCAAUGUCAGACAUUUCAUACGAGCAGUAUAUCCCAGGUGACUCCAAAGAUGAACCUGAAGUUCCCGAGCAAAACAGAAUUAAGUUCAUGAAAGCGGUUAAUAGACUCCUACAGCUCGAUGACUCGGUUGUCGAUGCGACUUCACAAAGGUUCAAGAAUAUUAUUGACAACCUGAUACUCUGCCUCAGUGACUCUCAUACUGAAACAAGCGAAAUGGCAAGAGAGAUACUAAGGGAUUUGAUAAAAUAACUACAAAAACUUCACAGAGAUCAUUCCUAAGCUAAGUUUUGUCAACAGACAAGACCUCCUCUAUGUUAUUGGAAGGACCGAUGUCUUAUUCAGAUCAACUCUUAAUUUUUCAGGGUUUAAUACUAUCAAAUCUCAGUCCUUGUAUCGAAAGACUGGUCUUACCAUGGGUAGUGACCGAUACAAGAGUGAGAAUAUGAGCACUCAGCUUCCAGAGGGUUCUGUACUAGGGUCCACCUCAAUAAUAGACAAACCUACUAUUAGACCUAAAGAUUCACAGAAAAAGUGAUUUGGAAUCAUUCCAACUGUUUUAAUUAAGCAGUUGGAACCUUCUAACCUUUACGAAGACAGAAUCAGAGCGAUCACUGAGAUCUCACAAAAAUAUGUAGAAGAUGAUGACAACUUUGAGUCAUUAAUCAAGAAUUUAAAUAAGUUUGUAGCAUAUCUCUUUGGACUUUCUCAUGAGGACAAUGAGAAUGAAGACGAAUCUCUUGCUUAUGAAGCUAUAGGUAUCCUGAAUAAAAUAUUGAACAAAAACAUUAAAUAUCUUUCAAAACUAGAUUACAAACUUUGCUUUUCGAACCUUAUUGACCAUUCAAAAACACUUGAUAAGGCAUUACUAAACGAAGUGAUAGCUGCAUUUAAAAAGUUGAAGGAAAUCCUAGGCGAGGCAGAAUACUCAAAAUACCUCCAAGGAUAUCUUGAUAUCCCCAAUCACUCUCAUAUGGGUAACGUACUUGAUGUCUACUCCAUCAUUUUUGAAGACAUGAAGAAACUCCCAAAAAGAUUUGAUUAUGAAUCUACGAUUAAAGCCCUAAGCACGAUCUCUAAAAAUAACAAAGAUGAUGUUGGCCAGAAAAGUUCUCAGAUGCUAGACAAAAUAUUCAAGUUACUCACAAGCGACGAUAAGAAAUCCAAAGCUCAAGCUUAUAAACUCCUAGAACAGUGAUACAAUGACAUCAGUGGGCUUAACAAAGGUGAACUGAAAAAGCACUCUUCUUAUCCCACACCAAAGAAAACCAGCAAGUCAAUGUACUCUAAUCCAUCCAAUAUGCCUGAUAAGCCUUUAAAUCCUGACCAAAACUCUACAGGAAAACUGCACUCAUUAAAUUCAGCUUCCAAUCUAAAAAUCUCUAAGAAAUCUAGCUUAUAUUCUUCAAACGUAAUCUUGAGUGAUAAAGAGUACAAAAAGGUGGCCCAAAUGGGAAGAAAAGAAAUGUUAAAUAUACACAGCUCUAUGGGAAGACUACCCACAAUUGAAGAGAAGCUACCACCUCUGAAAUAAAUCUGUCUCAAAAGACUUCAACAGGAAUUUUGAUAAGCCAAAGAAGCAUAAUAAGCUUAAUAUGAAAGAGAUUAAUGGAAACCGAAAUAAUAUUAAACAGAUUAUUCUAACAAGUAGGAGCACAAAGAAAUUAGAAGCAAGUAAGAAAAGUCCUAAGAUGUACAAAAAGAAAGGCAAAGAUAUCGAUCCCAGUGUACAUAGCUCACCUUCUAAACUUCCCUCACUUAAAUAGA